UUCUGGGGGGCUGGGUGACAGCCCUGUCCCCAGCCUGGAGCAGAUGCUGGCCGCCAACCCCGGGAAGACGCCCAUCAGCCUCCUGCAGGAAUAUGGCACUCGCAUAGGCAAGACCCCCGGCUACGACCUCCUGAAGGCCGAGGGACAAGCCCACCAGCCCAACUUCACCUUCCGUGUCACCGUUGGGGACAUCAGCUGCACCGGGCAGGGGCCCAGCAAGAAGGCGGCCAAGCACAAGGCAGCGGAGGUGGCCCUGAAGCUGCUCAAAGGGGGGGACAUGCUGGAGCCCACCGCCCCCCAGGAGCCCAGUCCUCCCUGUUUUGGCGACACUUACCCCCGUUUUGAGAACAACUAUCCCUAUUUUGGGCACAACCCUCCUCAUUUUGGGCGCAGCCGGACCCCUUUUGGGGGGAAUACCCCUGCCCUGCCCGGACCCCCCCAGUUUUGCCCCCCCCUCCAGGAGCUGGUGGUGCAGAAGGGCUGGCGCCUGCCCGAGUACACGGUGACGCAGGAGUCGGGGCCGGCGCAUCGCAAGGAGUUCACCAUGACCUGCCGGGUGGAACGCUUCGUGGAGAUCGGCAGUGGCACCUCCAAGAAACUGGCCAAGCGCAACGCGGCCGCCAAGAUGCUGGUGAGGAUCCACAACGUGCCCAUGGAGCCGCGGGAGGGCAGCGAGGCCGAAGGAGAGGAGGAGCAGUUCUCCAUGGCUGGCCCCCGUCUGGAGGGGCUGCGUGGCCGGGCCCCCGGCUGCACCUGGGACUCUCUGCGGAACUCGGCGGGGGAGAAGAUGCUGCAGCUGCGGAGCCACCCCCUGGCACCCAUGGGUGCGGGGGCCUGCGCCCUCCUGCAGGAGCUCUCCCAGGAGCAGAGCUUCGCCAUCAGCUACCUCGAUAUUGGUGGGUGCUCCCCCCCCUGCACCCCGACUUCCCUGAGCACCCCCCCGGCCACGUGGGUGCCCCAAACCCCGGCUCAGGGGGGUCUUGGGUGCCCCAACACCAGGCUCAGGGCUGGCCCCCGUCUGGAGGGGCUGCGUGGCCGGGCCCCCGGCUGCACCUGGGACUCUCUGCGGAACUCGGCGGGGGAGAAGAUGCUGCAGCUGCGGAGCCACCCCCUGGCACCCAUGGGUGCGGGGGCCUGCGCCCUCCUGCAGGAGCUCUCCCAGGAGCAGAGCUUCGCCAUCAGCUACCUCGAUAUUGGGGGUGACAUCCCCACAGUGUCCCCAACCAAGUCUGAUGGCCAGACGGUGUCACCCCAGUGA